CUCUUGUUUCAGGACGGAACUUUUUCCCUGUCGGACAAAAAGAAAGUCUUGGCCAUUUUUUUUUUGUACUGUGAGGAAAUCGAUGAAGCUAGCGUUGCCAAACCAAACCAAAGAUGACAGACCGCUACAACAUUCACAGCCAACUGGAGCACCUCCAAUCCAAGUACAUUGGCACCGGUCACGCUGACACCAGCAAGUGGGAAUGGCUCGUGAACCAACACCGAGACUCUCACUGCUCCUACAUGGGCCACUUCGACCUGCUCAACUACUUUUCCGUGGCUGAGAACGAGAGCAAGGCGCGAGUCCGCUUCAACCUGAUGGAGAAGAUGCUACAGCCGUGUGGACCCCCCGCAGACAAACCGGACGACGCCUGAUUUCUGACGGACGGAAGACACCUGGACUGCCCCCAACCCACAUUGACGUGUGUUUAGUGUUAUUUGAGUCAAAUUAGCGCAAGUACUGUUUUUGUAUUUGUUGGUAUAAUUAAAAGCUCGCUUUC